AUGCCGGCAACUACGCCGCCUGGCCCUACGAGUAGGGUCCCGUUCAGCUCCGUCCCCGCUCCGCCCUCCAACCCGCUGGCCUCCAGGCCCUCCGGCACCCCGGCGCCGGCAACCCAGGAGCUUGUCUCCGCACUCACGCUCGCCCUUAGGGCUGGCUUCCCGGAGACGCCUACUACCCGACGUGCUCGUAUCUCCGAGAUGGCUCAGCCCAUCCCCGGUACGACGACCGACGACGACGAGGAGGACCUCAUUUUCCGAGGAUACCAUUCCAGCCAGGACCCGGCCGGCUGGUACCGAGCCCACAUCCCCGACGACUCGGACCACAGCUCCGACAGCAGCGGUGACACCCCGCCCCGCUGGGACCGUCACUACCCGAGACACAUCCAUCCAACCCGCGCCCCCACCGGCAGCCGAGGGCAAAGACUCUUCACCACGCAUGACCCCCCGACUCGUCGGGACUUCCGCAACGCACUCCUUUACGUGGACCGAGCCAGCCGCCAGUCCCGCUUCUUUGGGACGCGAGACAUCGUCGAACUCCAGACCCUGGAACUGUUCUUCCAGGUCUGGGACUCCGACCCCCCCCCCCUCCGUGCAUCUGCCAAGCUCCGAGUCUUCGACAGAGUGCGCCUCCUUUAUCACGUUGCGCUCACAGGAUGGCAAGCCGCCCUCCAGGGGUACGCUGACCCCACGGCCUCCUACCUUUUGGGAGCCCCGCUCCCCGCUCCACAGGCCCCCCCUCCAGCAUCCGACCGGCCCUCCAGGCCAACUAACAGAGGAAGAGGCACCGUCAACCGUGGUGGCCGUCCACGACAGCCCGCCGCCCGCCCCCGCGACGUCCCAGACGCCGCCGAGUGA